AUGGCCGUCUCCACGUUUGAAGAAGCCGUUGCCGCCAUCAAGGACUGGAACCCGACCAACCAACCAUCGAACGACGAAAAGCUCGCCAUCUACGCCUUGUACAAGCAAGCCACUGUCGGCGACGCCACCGGUGACCGUCCUGGCAUUUUCAACAUGACUGCUCGUGCCAAGUACGACGCGUGGGCCGCCAAGAAGGGCUUGUCUCAAGACGAUGCCAAGGCCGCAAUGUCAUCUCCAUACCUUCUGCACUCCCUCGCCGAAUGCAUCACAUGUGAAUUCGUCUGUCCGUGCGAUGUCUUACCUAUACGACCGUGCGAUUCGCUGCACCCCUGCAACAAGCCAUUUUGAUCGAAUGAAUGAUCAAACUUUGCUCAGUCACUUGGGCUGUGCAGCAGAAUCAACUCUCAUCCCUCCGUGUGCGAGUGUUCGUGCACCCGAUUCCCAGUGGCCCAUGGUGAAUCCAUCCCCCUUUGCAACGUGCUUUGUUACUUUGCGCGAUCAUAACUGCGGAUCGAUUUGGAAGCAUGUGAUGGAUUAUGCAUGUAUUCUUGAGGGAGAUGCAAAAACGAUUGCGCUCCUGCAUAUCAUAUACUACAAACUGAGGGUGCA